CUGCUCCUGUUGUCCUGCAGAUCACGUCAAAUUCGCAAGGCGUAAAAUCUCGUCAGAGGCCAAUCGACACCGUCGGUGGCUCCACAUCAUCCACAGGAAUCGCGCCGCGCGCCUGCGGGCUGCCCAGCAGCUGGCGCCGGGGGCCACAAGCAGCCCUGUGAGAGCAGCAGGGCCUCCGCGGCGGCAAUCAGCGGAGAACAACUGCCCAACCCCACUGCGGAGAACACUAAGCCCACGACCAACACGAGCAGCGGCAAAUGGCGGACCAGUGGACCGACUUCGGCAGCGGCUUCGAGGACACGGGCGACGGCCGGCAGCUCGAGGACUCCCUCUUCGCGACGGGCGGCGGCGUUUUUGACGAGGAGGUCAAGGCCGACGCCUUCGAGGCCGUGGCCGCGGCGCAGCCGUCGAACCCGCCGCCGCCUCCACUGGAACAGACCGCUUCAGAACAAGCGGCCGAGGCUGAUGCUGUCAGGCGCCUCCAACAGGGCGAGGUCGCGACGCUGGAGGGCGUCUAUGCUGUACUAAGACGCCUCUCGCGGUCGGACCAGGAGCCCUUUCCUGCUUCCGUGUCGGUGCGACCUCGAGCGAGCCCCUUCGCCGCCUUCGCUCAAGACCACGACGCCUUUUUUGUUUCCAGAGAACGCGCGCCGCCCGUCGUGGGACCACCUAACACAAACACGGUGUCCGUCGCCUUCCAGUCGCCGCUGAACGGCGAGUGCUGGUGGGACCCGCUUUCACCAGCGAAUGGCGUGUGUGCGCGGCCGAUGGCGCGGAGGUAUAGGUCGGGCGAGAGCGCGGGACAGGUCCACGGCUAUCGAGGGAGGCAGUACACCUUGGUCCAGAGGAGACUCCCGGACGGCCCCGCUGCUGCGGAUAGAAACGCCCAGUGCAGCUUGGUACAAAUAUGGAAGGAGGCCCACGCGCCCCAGCAAGCAGUGGCGACGCGCAAGUCGCGCAAGCGCCACAAGGCCAAGGGCUCGGACGAGGACGAUGCUGGCAGUGACGCGGGCUCCUCCGCCACCGGUGUUACUGGAAGUGAUGUAGAGGAGUCUCCUCGUUGGCUGCAAGCUGGUAUGGCUUCUGGUUCUUCCUCGGGCGGCUGGGCGUCGUCCGCCGGCAGCGUGGGCGGCCCGUCGCCCCCCCUUCAACAGAGGCCGCUGUCUCCACAUCGUGGGGAACACGUCGUGGCCGACGACGUGCGCUUUUUGGGGUCCAUCUACGUUUCGGGGAGGAUCCACGGGACGCUGGUCACGCCGCCCGGCGCCGCCGAUUAUGGGGAGUGGUUUCCCUGGUCUGAUAUUCUGCAGUCUAGGAAUGGUUGCGUGACACCGCCGGGCACGGUCGUGCGGCUCGCUGCCCGAAAAUUGACCCUGGACACGCGCGGAUCGGGCCCGUGCCUCGUCACUUCCACCUCUCCAUCUCUGGCCGCCGGCGUGCCCUGUGCAAAUAGUUCGGGCGCGACGUGCGCAUUCCUGGGCCAGGUGCCCGUGCGGUGCCGCGGGCCCGUGCGCUGCGGCGACCUGCUCGUGCCGUCUGGCUUGAACGAUGGGGUCGCGAUCGGCCGCCGUUGUUCGGAGAGGGAGGAUUCAUUAGGUAUUGCCUUGGAAAGUGGAGACAGCCCGCACGACAUGGAACAUACCGUGCUUUGUUUGGUGCGCUGGCGGGAGAAGCCGCGGCCGGUGAAUCACGUGCCUCGAAUCCUGUGGUGCCUCGCCGUCUUGAUGCUAUGCCUCGAACAAUCCAAAAUCGCCUUUCUAUUACUCUGCCUCGCGACGUGGCCCUUCUGACUGAUCUCCCUCUGCAUGCCGCGGGGCGGGACCUCGUUCGCGGCCGAACCGCGACGCCCUCCCGCUCUGCACCUCGUGACGUGGCCGUCCUAGACUACCUCGUUCUAAGUUAACUCAUGAUAUCUUA